AGACACAGCUCCUCCACAGCUGUGCAGUCAUCGUCAUCCUCCUGCCUGGCUGGGGAAAAGGGAUCUCUACCUCCUCAUUGGGCCCAGGGACCUUGGCGGCCCCAGGCCACAGCAUGUGGGAAUCGGCUUCCAUCACCAAGGAAAUGAUGCAGGGCAAUGCACACCCUCAGGCGCCCAGCAGGCCCGAGGCGGGCGUGUGCUCCCUGGCGCUGCCCUCGGACCAGCAGCUGGACAGAAAGAGCAAGGUGACACAGGAUGCGGCGCUGCUGAAGAGUGCCCGGGUGCAGGAGCAGGUCCGCAUGAGGAUGUUGCAGAACAGCCAGGCAGCCAACAGGGCCAAUGGCACUGAAGGCAAAGGUGGUGGCUCCUCCCAAAUCCAAUACAACAACACCCUGAAGUCCUCCUUCAGCUCCAGGUCCCAGACCAAUGGCUUAGAGCACAAAGGCACUCUGUAUCAGCCAAUGGCCAAGGACUACGGCACAAUGAAGUCUGCUGGGUGGUCUUCCCGUUCAGCUGUGGACCUCUCAUCCCACAGGAAAAUGGCUGCCAUCAGCAAUGGUGGUGUGCCAAAGGUCUCUACCUAUGGCACAAACUAUGCCCCCAUGCCAGCCACCCACACCUCACGGCCAACCUCUUUCCAUGAGCGGAGCUACCGGGGCCGGCCGAACUUUGACACCAUGUCGCUGCAUUCCUUGCGCCUGACAAAUGGGCCGAGCAGCCCCACGGGUGCAGAUGAUCGGUACAGCAUCAUCUCUGAGCAGCUGGAUCCAAUGGCCCAUGGUUCCCUCUACAAAGGCAGGGCCGGUGGUGGCUUCACCAGGUCCUACACCUUCGAGAGGCAGAUGAGUGCCGGCUCCAAUGCUGGGAUGAAGGGCCCAAUUGACUGGAUGGAUGGCGUAGAGGCACGUCAAAACCGGACCAUCCGUGCGCCUGCCAUGCGCACUCUCCAGCGCUUCCAGAGCAACAACCGCUCACGCCUGAGCACUGGCUCCUUCAGUGGCCUCCAGACGGGACUUGGGAGCUCUUAUGUGGGCACAGUAGAGCGCAGCUCCCGUGCCCCAUCUGUGCGCAGCCUGGCAGAGUCCAACCACCAACUGCAGGACCUGCGGUCCAGUGGGAUGUACAAUGGGCACCACACACUGAUGUCCCAGCAGUCCUACUCUGGCGGAUUUGAUGACAUUGACUUGCCGUCAGCGGUGAAAUACCUGAUAGCCAGCGACCCGAACCUGCAGGUCCUGGGAGCUGCCUACAUCCAACACAAGUGCUACAGUGACAGCAAUGCCAAGAAGCAGGCUCGCAGCCUCCAGGCUGUGCCCAAGCUGGUGAAGCUCUUCAACAGCCCCAACCAGGAGGUGCAGCGCCAUGCCACCGGCGCCACACGCAACCUCAUUUAUGACAACGCUGAGAAUAAGCUGGCACUGGUGGAGGAGAAUGGCAUCUACGAGCUGAUGCGGACGCUGCACGAGUCCGACGAUGAGCUGCGCAAGAAUGUUACAGGGAUCCUGUGGAACCUCUCCUCCAGUGACAACCUCAAGGACCGCCUGGCCCGGGACACCCUGGAGCAGCUCACCAACCUGGUCCUGGUCCCACUCUCGGGCUUGGGGUCCCCCACCGUCAUCCAGCAGAAUGCCUCAGAGGCUGAGAUCUUCUACAACUCCACCGGAUUCCUCAGAAACAUGAGCUCUGCCAGCCAGCAGACCCGGCAGAAGAUGCGUGAGUGCCACAGGCUGGUGGACUGCAUGAUUCACUACAUCAAUAGCUCCCUGGAGGUGGGGAAGUCGGAGGACAAGAGCGUGGAGAAUGCUGUCUGCAUGCUACGGAACCUCUCCUACCGCCUCUAUGAUGAGAUGCCUCCUUCCGUGCUGCAGCGCCUGGAGGGCCACCGGAGAAAUGACGGCACCACUGGGACAGGCGAGCUGGUGGGAUGCUUCAACCCCCAGAGCAAGAAGGCACGAGAGCACUACCUGAACACAGAUAUUGUAACCUUUACGGAGGUGUCCAAGGACCCCAAAGGGAUGGAGUGGCUCUGGAACCCCCAGAUCGUGGGCGUCUACAACCGCCUGCUCCAGAGGUGUGAACUGAACAAGCACACGACGGAGGCUGCCUCGGGGGCGCUGCAAAACAUCACAGCUGGGGACCGGAGGUGGGCAGGAGUGUUGAGCCGGCUGGCACUAGAGCAGGAGCGGAUCCUGAACCCUGUGCUGGACCGGGUCCGCACGGCCGACCACCACCAGCUGCGCUCCCUGACAGGACUGAUUCGAAACCUGUCCCGUCACGCCCGCAACAAGGAUGAGCUGUCAACCAAGGUGGUGAGCCACCUCAUUGAGAAGCUCCCUGGGAGUGCUGGUGACAAGGAGCCCCCAAGCGAUGUCGUCGUGAACAUCAUCGCAGUGCUGAACAACCUGAUGGUGGAGAGCCCCAUUGCUGCCCGUGACAUUGUCUACUUUGACGGCCUCAGGAAGCUCUUCUACCUCAAGAAGAAGAGAGACAGCUCAGACAGCGAGAAAUCCUCCCGAGCUGCCUCCAGCCUGCUGGCCAACAUGUGGCAGUACACCAGGCUUCACCGGGACUACAAAAUGAAGGGCUACCGGAAGGAGGAUUUCCUCAGCCUGUGAGGACAAGCGUCCCAGAAGAGGCAGAGAUGGGACUGAUGAGCCCUAAUGCUCCUAAGGAAGCCGCCCAUGUAGCUGUGCUCAUUGACUCUGCCCCAGGAAGCCUCCUUGGUGCGGCUCUCCCUCUCUUCAUAGUCCCACACCAGCAGCAGCUUGGCUCACCUGCCUUAUCUUUGCAGCCAUUACUGUUUCUUAUGCGAACACACUGAAAGCCCCUUUCCUGCUGGGGCCUUCUGGGGCAGCCUCGCUUCCUCCUUGUGUUGCCUUGAGAGUUCAGAGGACUCCGGUGAGAAUGGAAGACUCUGAGAAGCUCCUGGGACUCAUGGUUGCAGUGCUACCGGAGGUCUACCAGUGCCGGUGGGGACACAAAGGGACUGAUGCACAGUGUUCCUAUGCUUCUGGAUUUCUCCUCACAGAGUGACUCUCUGAAAUUAAUACUCUUCCUCCCCGCCGCACACCUCCCCAGAAGCAUGUCAUCUUCAAAUUAAGGAAGAUCCAAGAUGCUUGUGGAGUCGUGGGGGGUUUAGAGGCAAACGGCAGCUAUAGAGAGGGAGCUUAGCAGCAGGAGUUUCUUAGUGGCAUUGGGGCAACGCUUGUAUACUCGUGGCAGGGAUGUCUGUUACGUCACGCUCAGAGAACAGUGAGGGUAGGGAAGUGGGUUGUGCAGACAUGUGGUGGGCUUGUAAGUCUAAAGGGCUCAGGGAGGCAAGACACUAUUCACACACAGAACGGUAGAGCUAGAAGUAACCGCUAUUCAGCUAGGCUGCCCUGGAGUUUCCUGAAUUACUGUAAGACAUCCAAACAGACCCUCAAUACAACCAGACCCUUCCCUCAGAUGCUAUCUCCCUGGCUUUUAUAGCCCUGCAAGAGUGUCAGCUGGCUUGCAGGGAACAUAUCAGAGGAUAUCUCCCUCCCACCAGCCUCCCCAUGGCCAGCCUCACUCUGGUUUUCUCUAACACUUUCCCAAUUGCAUGUUGGUUGUUUGGGGAUUUGCAGGACUCUGUCUUGGCUCAGGUAGGUGCAUUUUCUGCUAGCUCCAUGCAAGCCUGGUAUGCCCUAACAGCAGGUGGAUCCUGGUCCCCCCACCACCGUUUGGUAAGAGGGCACAUUUCUCUCCCACCUCCAAAGCUCUUUCAGGUCCUGACUCUCCUCAGAGGAGUUCCCCGGGUGCUGCCGAGCAUCCCGUUAAGCAGAUCCUCCAGGAGGCAUCCUCUGUGCCUUAUCCAGGACGGAUGCAGUGUGUGUGUGUGUUAUGCUCACCUUUCCCAUCGCCAGAUGUACCAUAGUAACACAUCAGAGGGUAUUUAAGGUGGGUGGGGAGGGGGGAGGUAGAUUGUGAGGUGUGGUGCUGUGGGGUACCUGGUGGGGUUUGUUUUGCUUUAGAAUAACCUGUAUGUAAUACAAUUGCUUGAGGAAAGAGGUCUCUGUGGGCCUGUACCAGGCUCCCUGGGAGUUAUGGUGCAUCACAGGUAAUGGGGCAUUCAAAGUGAGAUGCCUACAAUAAACUGUCUUGAAACUAGCAGGAAAUUGGACAGUGGCACGGGGAAAAGAGCAGUGCUCUCUUGGUCACUCAAGACCCCAUGGCUCUUUCUGUGGUACCAGGGUGUCUUUGGCCACGUUCCACGACCUGCCCAGCACCUGUGUUGUUUCCCCUUCUAACAGCGGGAGUGCUGCUGCCAUACUGCGCUGUCUGUGCACCCUCGAGGUGGCCACAGUUUGGUGGGUGGGCACCCGGGCCUUGCAGCAGCAGAAUGGUUUGAUGCGCUUUGGGAUGGGAGCAGCAUGUAAGGGACGGUGAUUACAAUUAAGCAUCUGACAGAG